AUGGCGGCAGCUGCGGUGCUAACAGCACCCACGCAGUUCAAAGCGGCUCGAGCCGUGGUGGCGGUAAUGGAGGCGUACCGCGACGCGCGCGUGCAGUUCGUCAUGAAAGUCGGCGAACUCGCCGUCUCGCCUCAGAACGCGGAGGCGCUGCUGUCGCUCGGCGCGCUGCAGCUGCUGCUGCCGCUCGCGCAGGACAGCAUGGCGUCCGUGCGAUCCGCUGCGACGCUUUCGUUGGGUCGCCUGGCGAAUGUGUCGCACGCGUGGUCGCACCACCUCGUGCAGCGCAACGUGCUGCCGUCGCUCUGCAAGGCGCUCACCGGCACCAAUCGUCACCACAAGCGCGCAGCAGCAUAUCUAGUCAAAGCCGUGUCACGCCACGCUGGCGCUGAGCUGGCAGAGGCGGGUGUGCUGCCGUUGCUGACGGAGUGCCUUUUGGAUGCCAUGCUGGCAGUGCGCGAGACUGCUGCGUGCGCAUUGGGCCACGUGGUGAAGCACAGCGGUGACCUGGCAAUGAGAGUGGUUGAGACCGGUGCAGUGCGGUUGCUGGUGACAUGCCUUCAGGACGAGGCUGUAGCGCGGAUAGCCCUCUCAGUGCUGAGUGACGUGGCACGCCACUCGCUGCUGCAUGCUACAGCCGUGGCUGCUGCCGUCUCUCAUGCCCUCAGACUCGUGUUUCCAUAUAUCAAAUCCCCAUAUCUCACCUCCCCAUAUCUCAACUCCCCAUAUCUCACCUCCCCAUAUCUCAACUCCCCAUAUCUCACCUCCUCAUAUCUCAACUCCCCAUAUAUCAACUCCCCAUAUCUCACCUCCCCAUAUCUCAACUCCCCAUAUCUCACCUCCCCAUAUCUCAACUCCCCAUAUCUCACCUCCUCAUAUCUCAACUCCCCAUAUCUCAACUCCCCAUAUCUCACCUCCCUAUAUCUCAACUCCCCAUAUCUCAACUCCCCAUAUCUCAACUCCCCAUAUCUCACCUCCCCAUAUCUCAACUCCCCAUAUCUCAACUCCCCAUAUCUCAUCUCCCCAUAUCUCAACCCCCCAUAUCCCAUAGCAGGACGAGGCUCAAGUGUUGGACCAACCCGGAGCAUCUCGCUUGCUGCUCUGCCUGCACGACUCCUCCCCUGCGGGCGUCAGCAGCAGCUUGGAGUGAGGGAGGUGGCGAGGCAGAGGCUUGUAUGCUCAUUCCAAACCCUAUCUACCCACCCACCUCCCCACUCUCCCCUGCCUCUUUUCCCCCUCCCCCUCUCCCCUUCCCCCCCUCCGUUUCCUACUCUCUCUCCCCCCGCAGCAAGUGCUGGACCAACCCGGAGCAUCUCGCCUGCUGCUCUGCCUGCACGACUCGUCCCCCUCCCUGCGCGCAUCAGCAGCAGCGGCGUGGUGGUGGCGCUCGGCUUCCUCGCAGCUUCCUCCCUCGAUGCAGCGCUGGCAGUGGCGAUGCAGCGCUACCAUGUGAUGCAGCGCUGGCAGGGGGGCCUGCGCGUGGGCACUCUCACGUGGGUAAGGAUGUCUGGGGAUGGGUGGGGAUGGGUGGGGAUGGGUAGGGAUGGGUGGGGAUGGGUAGGCAUGGGUAGGGAUGGGUGGAUGGGUGGGGAUGGGCGGGGAUGGGUGGGGACGGGUGGGAAUGGACUUCAUGGGAUCCGAGAGACCAUUUUAUCUUUCUGCAAGCCACUCACGUCUUGGGAUGCAACCUCUUUGCCCAUUCCCUCCUCUUCCCAUCCGCCCCCCCCAUUCCCCGUGUUCCCUGUCCCUUCUCUCUCUGAGACCGCAGCAAGUGAUGGACGAGGGAUGUCCGGGUAUGGGUGGGGAUGGGUAUGGAUGGGUGGGAUGGGUGGGGAUGGGUAUGGAUGGGUGGGAUGGGUGGGGAUGGGUAGGAAUGGGUGGGAUGGGUGGGGAUGGGUAGGAAUGGGUGGGGAUGGGUGGGGAUGGGUGGGGAUGGGUGGGAAUGGCAGUUCCCAUUGCGACCACAAGCGCGCAGCAGCAUAUCUAGUCAAGGCCGUGUCACGCCACGCUGGCACUGAGCUGGCAGAGGCGGGCGUGCUGCCGUUGCUGACGGAGUGCCUUCUGGCUGCCAUGCUGGCGGUGCGCGAGACUGCUGCGUGCGCAAUGGGCCACGUGGCGAAGCACAGCGGUGACAUGGCGAUCACUCUUAUCACCUGCAGUCCCCUGCAGCACCAUGCUUGCUCCUUCCCUCCAUUUCACCCUGCAGAUGCUCUCCCUUCGUCCCGCCAUUGCGACUCUUCCGCAGCAGCCAGGACAGCAGCAGGGGCUGCAGCGAUUUCGCAAGCCGGAGGUCUUAUCGCCCAGUCGUCGCAGCAUUGCGCCGAUCUUAGCCAUUGCUUCGCUACUGUCGCUUCGCCUCAUCGCAACCAGCAAGAUCCAUCAGCAGAAGCGGAAAUCGCUGGCUCGAACGAUCAGGAAGCCGAUUCGCUGGUCCUGUCUGGCGCAGGUGACGACGGAAGCCGAUCGGGCGCAGGACGACCCGCGGGUUCAUCAGAUGGACGCUCAGACGGGGACGAUGGUUUUCGUGUUAGAUCGGAGCCGUGGAUCUUCAACCUGACCGAACUUCCUCCUGAUUCGACGGCCGCGCGUUUGUCAGAGGAGAGCAAGGAGAACAUGUGGCUGUUGCAUCAGAAGGAUCCGGGUCAUUGGAGCGUCGCACGGCUGGCUCGCGAGUAUCGCGUGCGACAGCAGCGAGUGCAUGCGAUCCUGUGGCUCAAGGAUCUGGAGAAGAAGAUGGAGGAGGAGCAAGGCAAGCCUCUUGAUGACUCCAUCGCAAAGGAGUUUGAGAAGCAGCAUGGUUCCUACGACAAGGCAGUGGGAGAGCGGCAUGUGAAGAUCUACCCGAGUGAAGCCGUCGACUCGCUUCCGGAGGGGCCGGAGAGGGUAAAGCUGCUGCUACAGGAGUCUGAGAAGGAGGAGAUGUGGAAACUGGACGAGUUUGUCAAGAGAAUGGAGUUCAACAAGAAACAGUCCGUGGAUGCGACUGACCAGGCGGCUAUCAAGGCAGCGAUAACAUCAAUAGAUGAGGAGUGCCCUAUUGAUAUCUUACAGUGCAAUGCCGGCAUUGUGAGGACCGGACUUGUGGAAGACUUAUCGGCUGAAGACGUGCAGUCACAGGUUCACACCAACUUCCUGGGGAGUGUCUACCCAGUGCAGGCUGUACUCCCAAGCAUGAAGGCUCGGGUCGAGGCUGGGGAGAAGCCUGGAGCUAUUGUCUUCACGUGCUCUCUAGCAGCCCUGGUGAGCCUUCCUGAUAAUCUUAUUCAUCCAUAA